GCAGGUUUGCUGCUUUAUGCAGUUCUAAAUGCUUCAAGCUAAUUAUGUUUAAACUUCUGUUUGCCUUUCAGAUAACAUUGAAGUUGCUCAUCUGAAGACAUUGACUAAAGAAAACAUAAUGCAGUUUUACAGAGAGCGGCUCACAGUGGAAGCUGCAAAGAGACACAAAGUAUCCGUUCACGUUCUGUCCAGAGAGAUGGACUCCUGUCCGAUAGUCGGAGAGUUUCCUGCCCAGAACGACGUCAACCUGGCCCCCGCUCCGUCCCUGCCUCAGCCGACGUUGAUUCAGGACAUGACGGAGUUCAAGAGGAGCCUGCCGCUGUUCCCGCUGGUGAAGCCUCACAUCAACUUCAUGGCCGCCAAACUGUGAGCGAGGCCGAAGAAGCUUCGCCUUCCUGAGGUUCCCCUGACCGUGUGUGUGUGGAAUGUGUGCAGGCGACACGCCAAUGCACCGGAAGAAGAGAUGCUCAGUAAGCGAAGAACCCCCAAAGUUAGCUGUGGUCGUUUUUUAAACUAGCUGUGACAACCAUAGCGGUCUCACCUCACUCUCUCGCUGCAGCGCUGCGUAGGCGAAGUAGAACCACGUUAACCAGAAACUUUAUGCAGGAGCUUCACUUCACCACUAGGGGGUGCUUCCCAGUCCAAGUCAGUAGCUCUACCUACCAAGGCACUCCCACGUUUUAUUCAAAUGUACGCAUUUUACGAAGCCUUAUUCUGUAGUUUUUAAAGCUUGCUUGGUGAGGGAGUUUUAUCUGUUGGCGCCCUCUGAGGAGACCUGAGUGAAGUCGGCACUGCAACUCAAAUCCAACUAAAUUGGCCUCAAACGUUUGUGCUGCCAUCGUUUCAAAGAUAUUAGUAAAUAUUUACAAAAUCUCUUUUCCACUGUAAGUUAUAAAAUUUGGACAUCAGAGAUCAGCUUGCUCCUCCUUACAUUUGAACAAAAGUUAUGUAAAAUACAGUUUUUAUGUUUCUGCUGCUAACAUUGUUUGUGCUGCUUUCAUUUUAAAUGAAUGUUUCCAGAGGUCAAAGGUUAAUGGAUCCCACCACCACAUAAAUUACAGUUCAGAAUCUCUUUUCAGCUGUAAUUUAUGUAAUUUGUACAUUUUUUAAAGUCUCCAGACUCAACUGGAUCCUCUCUUCACAUUAAAAUCAAAAAUUUUAAAAAUGUUACUUUGUGCUGCUUUCAUUUUGAAGAUAUUGUUUCCAGAGGUCAAGGGUCAACCUACAUGUACAACAUUAAAUUAAAUGAAAUGAAUCAACUGUGCUACAUUUACACAGCAAAAAUGUUCAAAGAUUUUUGUGGAGGUAUAAUCUUAAAAGUUUCCUGAUGGCAGAUCAACUUGAUCUUCCUCCCAUUUUUACAACUCAAACAAAAUGUAUAUAAUUUUAAUGUUUGUGCUG